AUGCCUGUAUCAUUCCACGUAAACCCGGAAUACGCACAACUGUCCGAAAUCGUGCCCGGACUCAUGAUCUGCGGCGUGUCGGCGCUCGACGCCGAGACGAUGAAACGGCACAAAGUCACGCAUAUCAUUAAUGCGACCACAGAGGUACCAAGCCUGCGAAGCCUCGGCGACAUCCAGCGAACAAAGCUGUGGAUUGAAGACACCCCGCAGACGUACAUCUACCCUCACCUCGAGCUCCAGAGCGAUCAGAUCCGCGCCAUCAUCGAGGACGGCGGCCGUGUUUUGGUGCAUUGCGUAGCCGGGGUAUCCCGCUCGGCCUCCAUCGUCCUGGCCUACCUUACGAAAUAUCAUUGCCGUUCGCUACGUGACGCUUACCACUUGAUGAAAAUGAAGCGCCCGCUGGUUCGGCCGAAUCUUGGAUUCUGGCGCCAGUUGAUCGCUUUUGAGCAGAACAUCAAAGAAACCCCGGGCUCGGUGCGCCUCGUCCGCGAGGAGCACCACCCCGAGCAGCUGCUCCCCGACGUCUACCUCACCGAUGUCAUCGAAGCCCGACCGGCGAGUCCCACCGACGAAGAGCGCGCAACCGACGAGGGCAGAAGCCGGCGGAAUUCCGGAAAAUCGGCGAAAUUCACCCCGGUUCUCGAGCCGCUCGUGGAAAUUGCCGAAGCAGCGGAGAUCCCCGUGUUU